UUCUCUGGGGCGAAUCCCUGCCGACGUCACUCCCAGUCCCAUAUAAAUACGCUGAGCAGCGACUCUGAUUAUACUCCAUCAAAAGCGCUUUUUCGGCUUCAACAGCUCUUCAAACCAAGGAUUAUUGGAUUGCCUUCGUUGGAUUUAAUUGCCAGCACCGAAUCCUCGGUAUAAGCACAAUGACUUUGAACAAGGGUGACAAAUUGCGGAACAUGGACAAAAGAAGAGGGAGCAUGCCGUUUCCCAUGAAUAUACCAAACCUACACCGGAGAAGCAUGCCCGUGGACGACCGGGACCUGCGCGCCACGAUGCCACAGACUGGGCAAACCGACGAGCUGUCCAACCUCCUGCGCUGCACGUCCUACUCCCCGAACGAGCAGCACCGAGGCAGCUGCGCGUCGGACUCCUCCGACUCCGUCAUCUCCACCGGGAGCGAAACGGAGUCCCAGGUGUACAAGGUGAUUCUCCUUGGGGAGCACGGCGUCGGCAAGUCCAGCCUGGCGCGCGUCUUUGGAGGAGUUGAGGAUGCUGGUCACGACUGCGAUGAAGCAGGAAACACUUAUGACAGAUCUAUCAUGGUGGAUGAAGAAGAGUCAUCCAUUGUGUUGUAUGACAUCUGGGAACAGGAUAACAGCCAGUGGCUGAAGGAACAGUGCAUGCGGAUGGGAGACGCCUACAUCAUUGUGUAUUCAGUUACAGACAAAUCAAGCUUCGAGAAGGCGUCAGAGCUGCGUAUUCAGCUGCGCCGGGCCAGGCAGUCAGAGAACAUUCCCAUAAUCCUUGUGGGCAACAAGAGUGACCUGGUGCGGUCCAGAGAGGUGUCUGUAGAUGAGGGAAGUGCCUGUGCAGUGGUAUUCGACUGCAAGUUCAUUGAGACAUCUGCAUCCCUUCACCACAAUGUGCAGGACCUAUUUGAGGGCAUCGUCAGACAGAUCCGCUUGAGGAAAGACAGCAAGGAGGAAAACGCACGACGCAUGGCCAACUGCAGGCGUAGAGAGAGCAUCGGCAAGAAAGCUAAACGGUUUCUGGGCCGCAUAGUUGCGCGCAAGAACAAAAAGAUGGCUUUUAGGCAGAAGUCAAAGUCCUGCCAUGACCUAACAGUUCUCUGAGGAACAGAUGGGACAGACGGACAUUUUUUCUUUGGCCUCUGAAGACCAGACGCUGUGUGUGUUUUAACACUAACCCUAAAGGACUAAUAGAGCUGUACAGAAAUAUAUUUUUAUUUUUUAGACACCAACCAAAAGCAAAGAGAGGACUUAAUAAAAAAAUGACUGACAUUAUUCAAGUCAUAUCAUGAUGAUGGUGAUAACCUGCAUGAAGCUUUGCAAACAUUUAUUUUGUUUCUUUUUUUUUUUGUUUGCCUUAAACAUGUUGCUGUCAUAACAUGACCAGUAUGAAAAAGGAAGGCUUGUUAUUUCUAUAUGAGUUGCAAAGAUUGCCUGGCUGUUGGGUUAUUGUUGUGCUCCUUUAUUGGAGGGAAUUGAUGUAUAUACUAUAACGUGAAUGAUGCUGAAUGAAACAUACAUCUCAUUAUCCUAAAAGACACGGUAAAGGAUGACAAUACUAGGUCAUCUGGAGUCAUAUUUACUUGAAACGUGGUACGCAGGUUCGUGCUUCGGCCAAGUUACUAGUCAAAGAUAAGAGAAAACUUCUGUAUUUCUAUGUUGUUCCAUAACAUUGAAUUCAGGUUGUGAAUGUAUGAGUAAAGCAAUAAGUUAUAUUAGUCUUGUGAACCUUGACAUUAUUUGGAAAUUCUUUGUUUACGUUGAUUUCCUUUUUCAAUAAAAUAUAAAAUAAAAACAUAAAA